AUGGACAAAAGUUGGAUGAAUGACCCCGAUAGGCUUGUAUCACCUUCAUACGCCGAAGGCGUUAAAUAUUUCCUCUCACAAGCACGAAACCAUGCAAGUGGAAGGGAUCGCAUUCGGUGUCCAUGUCGUGCAUGCCUUAACAAUCUGUGGCUGCCUAUAUUUGAGGUGGAAACUCAUUUGUUUAUGAAAGGGAUCAACCCAAAUUACACGCAGUGGAUAUUUCAUGGGGAGGAGGAUACAACAUGGAACAUGAGUGAUGAAGAUAUUGAUGAUGAUAUCAACCAAGAAGACGAUUACAUAGAAGACAUGCAGGAUAUGUUGGAUGACAUCCGGGCAGGCACCUUCGAUGAUGCGCCCCAAGAUAGCACUCCUGCGGCAAACAGGCCACGAGAGACGGUAGAUUCAUUAUCUUUCCAGCAACUACUAGAGGAUGCCCGACGUCCGUUAUUUGAUGGGUGUACAAAAUUUUCAAAACUGUCAUUCGUGGUCAAGUUGUUACACAUCAAAUCAAUCGGUGGGUGGUCAAUUAAGUCAUUUGACAUUCUACUUGAUUUGUUGAGGUCUGCCUUUCCUGAUGCCCUAUUGCCACAAUCAUAUGAGGAGUCAAGGUCGUUGGAGCGCGGUUUGGGCUUCAAAUACCACAAAAUCCAUGCGUGCCCCAACGACUGCAUCUUAUUUUGGAAGGAAAAUGCAGCUCUUAAUGAAUGCCUUGUAUGUAAGGCUUCUAGGUGGAUACCAAAUACACACGGACAGCGCGCGGUACCUCAAAAAGUGUUGCGUCACUUUCCUUUGAAACCGAGAUUGCAGCGUCUCUUCAUGUCUGUAAAGAUAGCAGGUGAUAUGCGAUGGCACAAAGAGCAACAGACGAAAGAAGAUAGUUGUAUGAGACAUCCGGCCGACUCUGAGUGCUGGAGGAAAUUUGAUGAAGAUCAUGGCUGGUUCGCUUCAGAUCCUCGCAAUGUUAGGCUCGGUCUGGCAAGUGAUGGCUUCACUCCAUUCAACAACUUGGCUAAACCUCAUAGCAUUUGGCCAGUGAUCCUUGUCCCCUAUAACUUGCCACCGUGGUCAUGCAUGAAAGACCAAUUCUUCAUAACAUCUCUGAUUAUUCCUGGCCCAAGGUCACCAGGGAAUGAGAUUGAUGUAUACUUGCAGCCGUUGAUCGAUGAACUGCUUGAAUUUUGGGUAGAUGGGGUACCUACAUAUGAUGCCUCAACUAAGGAGACGUUUAUGUUGCAUGCUGCCUUAUUGUGGACAAUCAACGAUUUUCCUGCCUACGGGAAUCUGUCUGGCUAG